AUGUUUACAAAGGUGUUAUCAAAUCCAGCCAAUCACAACGCUUCUAUAACUAAAUAUGCUUGGAAUGACGUGUUGUAUAAAUUAUUCCAAAUUGGGCAAAGAACCUGUCAUUUACGAGAGGAGAAUUUAAACACCCAUCAGUCCAAUACUCCUCGAUAUGUUCCCUUGCUUUACAAAUAUCCAACCAAAUAGGCCCCAAAUUCAUUCCAAAAGAGACCCUCGAGAGAUGUGUAAYAGAAGAUGCUAGAUUAUAACGACCGAGAUGUCGAAUAUCCCGCCAGUUGGGAUUCUCCGUAUUUGGUCAUAUUGUUAGCGAGUUUUGAAUUCCUCUAAGGUUAAGAGAGCAGUCGAGCAAAUGUGGCGGACCCCCCUCUAGCGGGUAAUGUUGGAGCUCUUUUGUGGGCGCGCCGAACAUAGUUUCCCUCAUUCCUUACAUUCUUUGUUCGCUUCUGGUUUGCAGAAGCUCAAAUCAAUCCUCUGUUGUGACUCAUUUAGCGAAUUAGGUUACCCAAAGCGAUAAGGUUUACGAGCUCUGCCACUACAAAGAGAAUUCUCGAGAGCUCAUCAGUUGUGAUCAAAGUCUUUGAGAAACAUUGAACAAGUCAAGAAGUUCCCCGCCAAAAAACACUUUGUAGGACGCAGACUUGAAUCGUUCAAAUUUUUAGCAUUUUUCGAGAGUUGUUCUUCCGGAUUCGAAGAUUGUCGAUCCAGAAUUCAGCUCAUAUCUGAGUUCAGCGCAAGAUCUCCAGCCCACAUCGGGGUAAACAAGUUUAAUUUUAAGUGAAUUUUCAUUAAAACCGCCAAGAUUUCGGACCAAGAGUCAAACGACGAUAUGACUAAUUCAGCCGAUGAAGGCAAAGCCAAAAGUCCAGCCGACAUGGCGAAUGAUGCAGAAGGAGUUUGGUCUCCUGAUAUUGAGCAAUCAUUCCAAGAAGCAUUGGCCAUUUAUCCGCCAUGUGGUCGGAGAAAAAUUAUUUUGUCUGAUGAGGGCAAGAUGUAUGGCCGGAAUGAACUGAUUGCAAGAUAUAUAAAGCUCAGGACUGGCAAGACUAGGACUAGAAAACAGGUAUCAAGCCACUUGCAAGUGUUAGCAAGGAAAAAGGUUUCAAGUCACAUACAAGUCUUAGCAAGAAAAACUGCAAAGGAUAUCCAAGGAAAAUUUAAGGACCAAGCAGCUCGUGACAAGGCUUUACAGACAAUGGCUUCUAUGUCAUCUGCACAAAUUGUCUCUGCUUCUGUUAUACACAACAAAAAUACAUCUGGUGGUGCUUCUGGUUUUAGUGGAAAUGAUAAUCAGUCUUACCAGUACUGGCAACAACCAGGCUCCAACCAGCAAGCAGCAGGCUAUGGAUCUGUCAAUCAAUCACCUUACGGCAGUCCUAUUCAGCCUGGUAUGCAAGCAGGCAGUGUAGUUUCCACAGCAACAGCUGCUAGUUCUGCUGGUGCUGUCGUCAACUCACAGGAUGAAAUAGUGAGAAGUACAACUUAUGGAGACACAAGGACAGUAGUUACGAGUCCUCCAACAGGUCAUGCAUCCUGGAACAGCAACAGACAGGCUUCUCAUAUGCCGCUACGCUUGCUAGAAUUUUCUGCAUUUCUAGAACAGCAAACAAUGGACCCAGAAACUUAUCAUAAACACCUUUUUGUUCACUUGGGACCAAACACUAACUUUACAGAUCCACUUCUUGAGGCUGUAGACAUCAGACAGAUUUAUGACAAGUUUCCAGAAAAGAAAGGUGGCCUGAAAGAAUUAUAUGACAAAGGACCGCAACCUGUGUUCUUUUUGGUUAAGUUUUGGGCUGAUUUAAACACCAGUAUUCAUGAUGAAGCUGGAGCAUUCUACGGGGUUUCUAGCACGUAUGAAUCUUCUGAGAAUAUGACAAUCACCUGUUCCACUAAAGUAUGUUCGUUUGGAAAACAAGUUGUUGAAAAAGUAGAGACAGAAUAUGGUCAUUUUGAAAAUGGAAGUUUUCUGUAUCGUAUUCACCGAUCACCAAUGUGCGAGUACAUGAUUAACUUUAUUCACAAGCUCAAGCAGUUACCUGAAAAAUAUAUGAUGAAUAGUGUGUUGGAAAACUUUACAAUUCUACAGGUCGUAACCAAUCGGGAGACACAAGAAACCUUAUUAUGCCUUGCAUAUGUAUUUGAAGUAUCRACAAGCGAGCAUGGUGCACAGCAUCAUAUUUACAGACUGGUCAAGGACUAAACAACAGGUGCGCAAAAGUGGACUGCAUUAGACACAAGCUUAUCAGAAUUCUGCCUGCAGUAAUGAUGCAGUGUGGACCUUUCAGCGUGGAAAAGUCUAAGCAUAUAGAAAAGUACACGACUAUAAAAAUAUAUCUAUUAUAUAUAUAUAUAUAAAUAAUUCUAUUAACACAUUUAUUGCUUCAAAAAGGUGUAGGCAAAACCUUUUUGGAGUAAUCUAUUUUUCUGGUACACCUAGUGGUUAGCAAGAAUGGUGCUUGUGUUGCAAAAAAGGUUAAAUGUGUUCAAUACAGACAAUAUAUACAGAUACGCCUUGUGACAGUUUUAUAGAUGUCGCAAAUGGAGGUUGAAUAUUUUUUACAAUUUUCUCAGAUAUGAGAAAGUUUUUAAGACUGUAACACAAGUUGAUUAAACAAACUUUUGUUAUACAUUUAACGAUAAACUAGCGAUAACAUAGAAAGAUCAACAUAGAAAGUUGUCAUCGCUAAUUUUUAACAUUAAAUGUAUCACAAGUUGUCCCCCUUGUUAGUCACUGGUCUCAUCAACUUCCUUGAAAACUUUCCAAACUUGUUUAUAGUAUAUACUGUCUGCCAUCUUUGCAAGGGUGGAUCUGAGAGGAGGGGUUGAAUUGGGUGACUAGUCACCAUCCUUUGAAGUUGAAAAAUAAUAAGCAUAAAGUCAAGACCUAAAAAGGAUGCUUUGUGAUGCCUUUCUCGGUAACAGUCAACCCCCUUGAAAUCAUUCCGGAUCUGCCACUGCUUUGACACAUUUAGCCUGAAUGCAGCACAGGGCUUAAAAUAACGGCCGCACAUCUGACAAUGUGCUGCCAGAAUUUGGACUUGUCCUGUCAAAUCUUUGCCUUGCCRGUCAUUUCGAUUCAGUAAUGUUAAGCUGUUGGACUGUGAUCAUGACUGGCGACUCAUCAGUUGUUAUUUUGAGCCCUGCAGCAUAUGCCUGCACCCAGUUUUCUAGGUUUGUAUGUACAUUAAACAUUACUCAAAACUUUUGAAAAUACUUUUUACAUAGUCUCUAGCAUAUUUUUCAGCAAAUUAUUUAGCCAACUAAAGUAUAUUUUAAAAGAAUUCUUAAUGCUUCUAACAUAUGACAUGAGCAACGUACACCACAAGUAAUGAAAACUGUUAUUUUUUCCUUUGUAAGACAAACCUUUAAGUGUUUUCUAAAUUUCAUAUACCAGCCAUUGUGCUUUUUCCAAAUAUUCUACUUAGCAUGUACAAACACUCUAACUUGUAUAAUAUUUCUAAGCCUUUGUACCUUUAUAUAGAUAGCAUGGCUUUCUAAGAACCAAAAACAAUUAUUAACGAAAAUCGCCAUUCAUACCCUGUCGUUAACAGAAAAAAGACCUAAGACCCCUUUAAAAAAGUACUUUUACUAGUAUUUUCCCUUUGAUACAUAAGAGAAAUAUUUUUACAGCACCAAGUCUUUUCACGCCACUGAAGUAAAACCAUAUUUUAAAACAAUAUUUAUCAAAGCCAUUUUAGUCUUGAUAACAGUGUUAAUUAUUAAUAUAUUAGUGGUUCAAUAAAAGCCCAAGUUACACUGUUAAAUCCAAGCUAUUUAUGAAGCAAAGUGAAUGGACCUUAAUCAUAUUGUGCCAUAUUCUGAGUGACCUCAUCAUGAAAUGCUGAAAGUGAGGCAAUACAGAGAAAAAAGCUAUUGUUCCAGUUGAUAUGGCUGAAGUGUGGGAAAAAGUCCAUAAACACGGCAAAUAUAACUUGGUAUUCUAGCUAUAGAUUAAAGAAAAUAUAAUAAUUUGCUGAACAGAAUAUUUGGAUUUCCAAUCAUACUUUUCUCUCAACUAGUAAAACGUUUUCACCCAGUAUUACUUCCAAGAUUUAAUCGUAAUCAUAAUAAUUAGCUGACAGUGAAGGUCAAAGUUAAAUUCAGAGCAAUAAUUUGUAUUUUUUUGUGAUGAGCUUAAGUUUUGUUGUGAUUGAUAUUUUGGAAAAAAAAAAUGUAAAAUAUAAUAAUAAUUAAUUAAUGUGGUAUUUUGUCAUAUAUACUAACUUGUAAUGUUAUUAAACUGUUGAUGAACAAA